AGUCUAUGCUAUUUUAUGUAAUUGGCAACAUAAAAAUCAAUUUUUCAAAAGUAAAUAUCGAAGUUUUGUUGUUGUCAUUGCCAUUGCACAUGACAACCCAGCGCCUUAUUUUACUUAUAUUAUGGGAAAUUUCACACCUUUUCUUAAUCAUGCAAAUCCGUUCAGUGGAUUAAAAGUUAUAGCCUUUGAAGGUUGCAGAAGUGGUCAACUGUGAUACCCUACAUCCAAAGCUGUAUUAAAAUUUCCUCAGAUCAACAGACAAAAUGUUGAGGACUUAUUUCCAAUUUUUUUGCCGCUUGCCGCGAAAGCCGGGUAAUGGCAUAGGAAAUGCUCCAACGUCUCAUCAUCUUCCCCAUAUGCCCUACACAUGAUAUCAGUUGCCGCACCGAUUUUGCAUAAGUGAGUUCCAAAAUUUUAAAUUUUCGCGUCGAAUAUAAUCAAUUUACUUGCAAAUCGUCCAUUUUUGCUUAAAGACCCUAGAUAUGAAGCACUCAUAACAUGUAAUUCACACAAUUAAUGGAAGAUGUACAAUGGAUAGACGUUAUGCUCAAGUGAAAUGGAAAAUCGGAUAAUACGAGAGGAUGUCUAAAUCUUUAAUCAAAAAGAACAUUUUAUACUUCUUAUUCCAAAGGAGUUUAAGACCAUUCGUUAGCUGAGUACAUUUUGCAUGUGAAGUGCGAGAUGGAUGGAUUUAUCGCUGCUUAUGUCGGCCAUUUAUGUACUAUGUAUGUAUCUCAGUGAUGUCAUCUACCUGCUUCUGUUACGAGCAAUAGGCCGACCAAUAGUUUGGUGAGGGUUGAAAAGAAAAAGAGUUACAAUGUCAUUGCUGCAUUCGAAUGUGUGUUUGUGUGCGUGUGCGUGAGAGAGAGGGAGAGGGAGGCAUGACUUGUAGUAAGGGUGCGUUGGUAUUGCCUGUCAAUGAAAUUGCAACGCAGGCGCGUCGAUAUCGAAGCUACUCAACUGGGCCCAGUAUAUAAGUUGUGACGACUGCAUUUCCAAAUCAGUACGCAUCGAACAGUCUUCAACACAGCAUAGUAUCGAACACAUCGAGUCCUUUUGCAAAUCGACUUCAAUUAUUUUACUUUACGACGAUCUAAUUCUAAGCAUAAAUACCCACAAUAACGAAGAGAAUUUGGAUUAUAAAAUAUAGCACAAACUCACUAUAUUUUUGGAUUAUAACAUCGUUUCGAAGAAUUGAUCAAAAUGAUGAUUCACGAAAAACUGAUGUCCGGACAAUUUCUGUUGGAUUUGAAAAACGAUCGCACUGGCUUAUUGCAAGCUGCCGCCGUUGCUCACCACCACCAACAACAGCCAAUGCAUUUGCAACCACCAUCGCCGCCAAUGCCAGCCCUCGAUUUAUACUCGGCAUACGCGUAUCAGCAACAAUUACAACAGCAGCUGCUUAACUCGGCCGUUCCUCUCCACCAAUCAAAUGUACACACGCGGCCACAAGGAACCGAAGUACUUGAUUUAUCUCGUCGCUGCGAUUCUGUUGAGACUCCACGCAAAACCCCUUCGCCAUAUCAGACCAAUUCUAGCUUGGGCACUGGCUCCCCUACCGGAUCACCUUCAGCUUUCUUUGUGGCUCAGCAAUCAAGUACAUCGACAACAACUGGCGCUUCAUUACUGCCUGCAAAUAUUCUGUACGCUGCCCAGUCGCAAAAACCAACCCAAAAUGCUCUUCCCGCUGGGCUAGCUUCAUUGUAUCCUGGUUUAUACUAUACAAAUACAGUAAAACAAGAGCCAAUGGCAACCUCCUCACCACCCCCUGCGGCUGUUUCAUCGCAGACAGAAGCUCCCAAUGGCAGCGGCAAAAGCCUUUUGCAAACAUUUGCUGCUGCUGCCGCAGUCUCCAUGAAACAAGACUUGCCCGAGCCACAUUCGCCCCAACAGCAGCAGCAAUCCAAUGCAGCAACAACUCCAACUAGCAGUACUAACGGACCUUCCUCUCUCGACGCCAAAAGCACUCGCCCUUUCAAGGCAUUCCCACGGGAUCCUCUGGUAAUAGCAGCCAAUUUUGCAGCCACGGAUGUUCUACUAGACAAUCCUCGUGUUGAACGCUACACGGAAUAUCGUAAACGUGUUCUGGAGCAAAUUCGAAGCUCCAAUGGUGGCUCUCGUACUAUCACCAAUCCCAAAAUGCGUCGCACAAAUUCGCGAAGUGGUAGCAUUUAUGAUGGUUCUUCCAACAAUAACAGCGAAAGUGAAGAACGUCAGCAUUGUGAAGAGUCCAGCGAUUGUGAUUCCAACUCAGGCAAUGACAGCCAAAACUCCGCUAACAGCACCAACAAUAAUGCAACCAACGCAGUAGGAAACACCAGCAAUACCCCUAACUCCACGAAUACCUCCUGCAAUGGCAUCAUUAAAGAUGCAGCUUACUACGAACGUCGUCGCAAAAACAACGCUGCCGCCAAGAAAUCCCGAGACCGCCGCCGCAUCAAAGAGGACGAGAUUGCCAUUCGUGCAGCGUACCUUGAACGCCAAAAUAUCGAAUUGCUUUGCCAAAUUGAUGCCCUUAAAGCUCAACUGGCCGCAUUGACAUCAAAAAUGUGAACCUUAUGAAAUGCAUACUCCCUCAUAUCCUCAUGUUUGCGUUGAACGCUUUAAGGAAAGCAUAUCUGUGACAUAAUCAUUUACUGUGCUGUACUGUGUAUCUAGUUCUAUAUUUAGCUGUAGAUCGGUUGACUGACUAAACCAAUUCAUUGAGUUACUCCUGUAAAUAAAUCUCAUUGUCAUCAUCCCUUAGUUCUAAGCUGUACACCUAAAACUUUUAUAAUUAAAUAAAUUUUGUUAAAAUAAUAUUUGCACACUUUAA